AUGUCUGGUCUUGAGAUAAUCGGUGUUGCAGCUAGUAUCAUACAGGUCGCAGACUUGGGCACUUCUUUAUCCGUCAAACUAUUCUCCUUUUACCGACGAGUCAAAAAUGCCAAUGAAACUAUACAGCUCUUGUCAAACGAGGUCGCACUUGUCAGUGCCAUUCUGCGCGAGCUGGGUGAUAGCUUGAAAGUGGAGGAGUCGUCAAAGCUCUGUUCAGAAGAGGCCUUUCAAACGCUGGAGCAUGUUCUAGAGCAGUGUCGCGGUGUGCUUCGACAAAUCGAAAAAGUUGUCGAUGUGAAUGAUCAGUCUAGCAGAAGCCGUUUACAACAGGUCACUGGGAAGUUUAAGCUUGUUCUGCUAGAACCGAGCCUAGAGCCCCUGAAAGCCGACUUAGACAGGCUUAAGUCAACAAUGCUGCUUCUGCUCAAUGUGAUUAUGUUUGCUGGGAAGGUUCGCAAGUGA